CAGAUUACUUUGUAACCAACACAAAAGAUCAACAAAUUUGAAAUCAUAAACAAGUCUUCAUAUUGUGGUCACUUAAAAUCUUACCUGUUGAGCCAUCAUAUACGAGGUUUGAUUAAAAAAGUAUAGAAAAACACAAAAACUUGGUGCCUUCUUUGUAUGCAACUUAAUGUUGCAACCAUAUUAUUAAAAAAAACACAACUAAAAGAAAAAACUAGAACGAACUUGUAUGCAACUGAAAACUAACCUUUACUAAUCCUUUAAGAAUAAAAGUUUAAAGUACAAAAAAAGUGGGGAAAGAAAAGUUGAUGAUGCUGUAAAAGUUACUGGCCCUAAGAUGCACAAAAAGAAAACUGUUGUCAGCUGGCUUUUAUGAGAAACUAAGCGGAUUUUAAAUUCCCUAGAAUAUGCCAAGAAUGAAUACACUUUUAAAAGCAAUCAUUUUUUUUAAAUGUUGGAUAGAAUAAAGUGAGGAAGAAGGCAAUCGACGACGAGGGCUGGGAAACAUGAAUGUUUAAUAAGAAAAAUUUUAAAUUGUAAUGGCACAGCAAGUGGUGGACUAUUAAAAAUCUUAAACGAAUAUAUACAUACUGAUCCCACUGUUGUGUUUUGCUGUUGUUUUGGCUAAAGGAAACAACCAACAAAGAAAAGUUCAGUGAAUAGAAAAUUAGCUUUUGAUGCAGUGGUAAUGUUUUAUUUUUCUAGUUUUUAACAGAAACAAAAACAUUAAAGUAUCAAAUAGCAGCAACUCCUCCCCUUUCAAGUUUAAACGUUUAUACGGUGAAUGAAUAGCAAAGGUGUAUUGCCAUCAUAGUCAUCAUCAACCUCAGCAACGGCAUCAACAUCAACAUCAGCAUCGUCGUCAUCAUCAUCAUCUCAUCAUCGUUCACAUAAUAUUGUAAAACGGAAGUGGAAUAUUUAACAGCAUAGAGAAUGCAAACAAAUGAAAAUGGUAUGAGCAGGUUACUGUUCAGUAUAAUGUACCACGUGCUGUUUUAAAGCAACAGACAGCUGUCCCAUGAAUAUUUGAUAAGGCCAAAACCAAAAACUAAAACCAACAAUAUUAAACAAAAGCUAAACAAAACACUUAAAGCAGAACAAAAAUUCAAAUAAAAGACAAUGACAAUAAGCUUAACUCUAAACUUAUUUAAAAUGCUUAACAAAAGUAUAAAACUACAAUAUUAAAUAAAUUUCAAAACUUUUAAGGGAAACAGUUUUACCACAGAAACCAUGAACGAUCUAAGACGUUCAGUCGAUAAGGCUAGAUUUCAACAGAAGCAAACAUCUCAUGAAAGUAAUUAUCGUUCCAGUUGUAGUUCUACGCCCGAACCUCAGAAACAAAGCAUCAAUAAUAAAACCACUACAAAUGGUGGUUAUCGCAAGCCAUUGCUGCAAAACCUAAUAGAUCAUCCCAAUAUGAGUAGUACCAGUGGUGGUAGUACCACCAGCACCACUGCCACAACCCACACCAUUGGUCGUAGUUCUAGUUAUGCCAAUGACAAUGGUAAUAUCACCUCUUCUACGGCUGAAAUACAAUUUGAUGAACGUGAGAUUUACUAUGUCUCACCAUCGAAACGAAAAAGUAGUCUUAGUGCUUCCCAAACACCUGUGUUACGCAGCAGUCUGAGAGCCUGUGAACGUUUGCGUUCCUUCAGUCCCACCUCAGCUGCUGCCAUAGCUCCCUCUUACCCGCCUAUAAUGCCUUCUGCGGCCUACGGUGCCCGUCUUAGCGGUACAGCAGGCCAUGAUCUUAGCUUUGACAAUUAUGAAACAUCCUCUCAUUAUUCCGAUACAGCUAUGCAGGUUUUAAGAUCCGGCAGUUGCUCUGCCAUGACUACCAUGCUGAAUACCAACAAUCUUAUUAAUAACACAUCAACUGCCGCCAACAAUUGCCACAGCUCUUCGAGUAGUCUUGCGCAGCAACAACAUCAACAACAACAACAGCAGCAGCAGCAUCAACCCUCACAACAAACUCAUCUACCCCCUGGCCAACGUUUGCAAAAUAAUGUAGUCACCUUUUCGAAUCACAUCAGUGAACAACGUGCGGCUACGCCACAAAAUCGCGGUUCUUUACGUCGUGCCAAGGGUCGUAGUAAUCAGUCUUUAUGUAGUUGUGACGUUGGCAAUGAUACAGAACUAAAUCCAGAUCCAUCGCGACCACUAUACGAAUAUAGUUUGGAACGUCGUCACAAAGGUCACACAUACACGUGCGAACAGAAUGCUCAAAUAUUGUUGCGCUUAGAGCGUGAACGAAAUCGAAAAUUAUCUUUGGGUGGUGGAAGCCUUGGUGGAGGUGGUGGUAGUCGAGAAGAUUUAGAGAGUGAUGCUUUAAGUUCAUCAGAUGCUGAAACUAUUCCACCAGUACCACCGCCACCGGCUAUGAAACGUAAUGGUAGUGUACGUAGUCUACGUUUAUUACAACACCUGCAGCAACAGCAACAAUCAACUUUAAGAUCAGGUACCAUGUGCAAUGGCAACCAUGUAACCAACUCUAGUAAUAAGUCACAUCAUAAUAGUAGCAGCAACAACAACAACAAUAUUAACAACAGCAGCAGCAACAGUAAUAAUAAUGGUUCAAUAGCAACAUUAUGUAGUGGCGAUUUAUUAAAUGAUUGUGCUAAAAGUAGUCAUGAUGUUCGAGCUGUGAUUGACGACUGCACCACUUCCAUACUGAAAUGUGCCAAUGCCAUGGGUUCCGACAUAAUGUCCAAUACUAGUACAACGACAAAUGGUAGCUAUAAAACGCAAGCAUCUACUUUAAACGCCAUGGUUUCUCAUAGCAAGCCAGAUGUAUGUCAUGUCACAAACACCUCUAAAAACAAUUCACUCUCAGCCAACACCUCAUACUUUGGUAAUUUCCCCCCGCCCUAUGCUGUACAAGAUGAUAUGGUAUUGCCAAAAAGCCAAAAAUCAGAUCCUUCACUAUGUUUCCUGCACAACAAGUCGGCGUUGACGGGAAUGGGACUGGGUCAUGCGGUGCCUCCACCUUCGUCGUCAGCAUCGAUGGCUUUUACAGACUUUACACAAUCACAACGUGAUUUACAACAGAAAUUGCAACACUAUAAAAAUAGUAGUAGGUUAAGUCUUAGUAAGUACAACACUAUUGGUCCGAGUAGUGAUUAUGCACGCCAGCUGGCUGUUUAUGCACAACAACAGCAAUUACAGCACCAACAGCAGCAACAAACACACAUGAAACCGUUCAAUGAAAGAUGUCGUUGUUUCUCAAAAUCCUGGUCAAAUUUCUCACGUGACUUAAUGCAGACACAAUGCUCAAACAUGGCUGGACUUUACCACACCAACAACCACGACAAUCACAGUAGUUUAUUGCAUCAACAGCAACAACAACCAAAUUUUCAUGCGUCAGCAACGUCAGCCUCAUCAGGGAAAGGUAGGCAGCAUGAUAAAAUUCCAUUACGUUCUUCUCUAAGCAGUCGUAGUUUUAAUAAUUUAGUCGACAUCGAUACAUACAACUAUGAUAUGGCCUCCAUACUAUCAUCACAUCAUAAAUUGCAUCUUACGCAACAAAACACACACCAACUUGCAUGUAACGGUGGGAGUGUGGGCAUAGGUACAGGUAGUGGAACUAUGCUUAGCCAAUCAAAUAGUGGUAGUGGCCUUAAAGACAACCACAUGCAUGGUCAGGCAUCGUUAAAACAUCAACAACAGCAGCAGCAAAAACAACAACAUCAAUUGCUGCAGCACCAUUAUCAACAUACUGCACACAAAGACUUUCAUUGCGAUGAGCAUGAUAAUCAUCAUCCUUUGGGCAUGCAUGGUAGCACUCAUCUAAUUAAAUCAUCAGAGAAAUUUCAUCAACAUAAUCAUCAUCACAACACUGCAAGCAAUCACCAUCCGCCACAUCAUUCAAGUCUGACGAGCAUAAUGCCGUGGAAACAUCGCCAGAGUCCAAGUCGUGGUUCGUCCAGUUCGGGUACAAAUUCGUUUCGAUUUGAUGCUGCAAAACACUGGCUGGCUGUUAGUUCGAUACUUUUAAUAAUUGGUGCUGCAAGUGUAGCUGUUCCAUUGGCGUUACGUGUAGCAGCAAGUGCUCCAUUUGAAGAACGUUUACGUGUUGCCCUACAACUGUUGGAUCAAGUGCCUUUAAUUGAUGGGCAUAACGAUUUACCCUGGAAUAUACGAAAGUUCCUGCACAAUAAACUCAAUGACUUUAACUUUAAUGAAGAUCUCAGAGACGUUAUGCCUUGGAAAAGAAGUCAUUGGAGUCAUACAGAUUUAACACGACUGAAAAAGGGGAGAAUAUCAGCACAGUUUUGGGCUGCCUAUGUUCCUUGUGAAGCACAACAUCGAGAUGCAGUACAACUAACGCUAGAACAAAUAGAUGUUAUAAAAAGAUUAACGGAUCGUUAUUCGCCACAGCUGACAACGUGUACAUCAGCUCAGGACAUUAUUGAGGCCCAUAAAAAUCAUCAAUUGUGUUCAUUAACGGGCGUUGAGGGCGGCCAUUCAUUGGGUGGCUCGUUGGCUGUACUAAGAACGUUGUACGCCAUAGGUGUUCGUUAUAUGACACUAACAUCUACUUGUCAUACACCCUGGGCCGAUUCCAGUUAUGCGGAUGCUCCAACAUACAAUGUUAAACAUGGUGGUUUAACGAUAUUUGGCAAGACAAUCAUACGCGAGAUGAAUCGUUUGGGCAUGAUGGUGGAUUUGUCACACGUUUCGACGGGUACAAUGCGUGAUGCUUUGGAAGUUAGUGAGGCACCUGUGAUAUUCUCUCACUCAUCCGCCUAUGAAUUGUGCAAUUCGAGCCGUAAUGUACAGGAUGAUUUACAAUCGCUGGCCAAGAAUGGUGGCAUUAUUAUGGUUAAUUUCUAUUCGAGCUUUCUUUCUUGUAGUGAAAACUCAACCGUACAUGAUGCAGUGGGUAACUCAUAUAAUCACAUUAAGCGUGUCGCUGGCAUUGAUCAUGUGGGCCUGGGUGGAUACGAUGGAAUCAAUUUCACACCAAAAGGUCUCGAAGAUGUUUCCUCUUACCCCACCCUAUUUGCUGAACUCUUAGGGGUGGGUUGGUCAAUGGAAGAUUUAACCAAAUUGGCUGGGGGUAAUUUUUUGCGUGUCAUGCAACAGGUGGAAAAAGUACGUGAUGAAAAGAAAGCUGCCGGCGUUAAGCCCUACGAAGAUCAUCCAAAUUUUCGUGCCGAAGAUCCUUACAAUUGUACUUCCAGUUAAUCGUAUGUGAGCAUUUAGACUCAUUAAAACAAGGUUGUUUAUUUUUCCAUAGUAGCAGUCAACUUCUAAUAACGACUACUACUAUUUAACUUUUUAUACACCCUACAUUCAACUGAAUUAACAUUUUGUUUGGUUUUAUUGCCGGUGUUUUAUGAUGACUGAUCACAUUUUGUUGAUCUCGAUGAAUAAGUCUGGACGUUUAGAAAUAUUAUUGUAUUUUGUAUUUUAGGCAAAAGUAAUAAUGAAAACUAAAUAUAUUAUAUAUACACUUACAUAUAUAUAUGAAAAACAAUUUCGGCAUUAGAUUUAACAAUGAAAACUAAUUUUUAAGUGUUGUAUAUUUGAAAAAAGAAAAUGUUUAAAAUUAUUAAAAGGAAAA